UCCAUUUUAUUAACCCAAGUAAGUUUUAAAAAACCUAUGAACGUGAAAGGUAGAAAAAUAUGGAAAUUCAACGAACCCCAGAUGACUUUGUGUUCGUUGAAACUGAACUACACAGCCCGUAGUCCAUGACCUUUGACCCGGCCGGUGUGCAACUUGCUGUCAGGGAAGAAACGUCCAGGGAUCAUCUCAACGCAACGGUUGGAAACUGUAGAAUCAAGGAGAAGCUGGAACAUCAGAAACAAUGGGCGAUCAGGAGGACCUUCCAGAGGGCUGGGAGAAGAGAGUCAGCAAGAGCCAGGGGAGAGCUUACUAUCUCAAUGUGCAUACAAAGCAAAGUCAGUGGGAGAAGCCUACAGAUGCUGCAACAUCUCAGGUGCGAUGUUCCCACUUACUGGUGAAGCAUGUAGGCUCCAGACGACCUUCAUCUUGGAAACAGGACAAGAUAACACGCACUCAGGAGGAAGCCCUGGAGUUGCUUAAUGAUUUCCGUCAAAGAAUCGUGUCUGGCGAGGUGACUCUUGCAGUCCUGGCAGCGACUGAAAGUGACUGCAGCUCAGCCAGGAAGGGUGGGGAUCUCGGCUUCUUCGGACCAGGCCAAAUGCAGAAGCCCUUUGAAGAGGCAACCUUCAAGCUGAAAGUGGGUGAGCUGAGUGAGCCAGUCUUCACUGAUUCCGGCAUCCAUAUCAUACUUAGAACUGGGUAGUCGUAGGCUCAGUUUACGGUGGUGACAUGCUAAUCAGUCAUUAGUGGCUGUCUUGCAAGUAUUUUACAUGCUUGACAGAGGCAGUCCCAAGGCCACUAUACGUGUUGUCAUUGAAAUACAAUAUACUGAAGAGUGCUUCUUAGAGACAAUAGCUGUAAUGGAUGCAAUCCUAGUGAUACUUUUCCUUAGUAUAACCAAUCUCAGCCAUAGAGUUAUGCAAAGUUCCAAUCUUUGCUAAUUUUAGUUGGCAUCAAGAUAGCAACUAUCGUGUUUAACAUUAUAGUGUAUAUUGUUGUAAACAGACUGGUAGUCAGGCCAACCAAGUACAUGUAUUGCAAUCAAGGAGUAUAAGGAGUAAUGGUGUUUUGACUGAGUGUUGGACCAAACAGGAUGUGAAGCCACCGCACUUCACCUCAAGUUAUUUGAAACGGUUGAAUUGUUUCAGACAAGGCAACACAAUUUUUUUGUAUCUCUAAGCUUUGAUGUUAUGAUGAAUAGUAUGCCAGCUCUAUCCUAUGCUCACAUAUUCCUAGCUGCUGAUGAAACUUACAUUGUAAUCCUCUACCAAUUAUCCAGCACUUGAAGGUGAAAAUGGCAUGAUAAACCUUGAAGAAAUUAAUAAAACCGUACAAGUAAUUACACCAGGCACAGAUGUUGUUCUGUGCACUUUAUUUCAACGUUUGCGCAGCAAGGUCAAAUUCACACCAGCAGUGAUAUAUUCUGUAUUAGGGGUGGGUACCGGUACAGUGUACCAGUACAAAACUGUUAUUUCUUGAUGGACUGGUCUGGAAAAAAUUCAGCAGACCGGAUGUUGGACCGAUAAGAAAAUUAACGGAUUAUACUGGGGAGCUGGAAUAUAGGGUACUCCACCAAACAGAUUCCUUUGUAACGAAAUGGACCAUAGUUUUGAGUAAUGCCCAUUCACAAUAAGGCCCAGGGACCUGGACCUGAACUUCAUAUACCGGUACCCACCCCUAUUCUGUAUGUGUAUGUCAGUUGUGAAUCAAGCUACAAAAAUGGUGGAUUGAACCUAUUAAACAAAAUGCAUAUACAUUUGA